AUGGUGAUGAGUGGCGUGAAGUGCACAGGAACCGAGAUGGCUCUAAGUCAGUGCCAGCAUCAUAAAACUGUCAGCUGUCAGAAAGCAGCUGCAAAGUUUGCAGCCGGAGUCAUCUGCUCAGAAACGGCGUCUGACCUUGUCCUGAAUGCAUCUCUGGUCCAGCAGACAGUUUAUAUUGAGGAUCGUCCUCUUCAUAUGCUUUACUGUGCUGCUGAGGAGAACUGCCUGUCAAAAUCUGCUGCCAAGGCCAACUGGCCCUAUGGGCAUCGUCGGCUGCUCCGUUUUUCAUCUGAGAUCCACAACAUUGGACGAGCUGACUUCAAGCCAAAGGCAGGACGGCAUUCGUGGGUCUGGCACGCCUGUCAUGGACACACGCACACAUAUGACCUCCUGUCUGUAAAAUGUCUCAUCUCCCUUAAUAAAACAAGAUUAAAAACAGGACACAAUAAAUCAUUUUGUAUUAAAUCAGAUAUUCAACCGCAUGAGGGUGUUUCUAAACGAUACGAAUGUGCCAACUUUGGUGAUCAGGGCAUCACUGUGGGCUGCUGGGAUCAGUACCGACAUGACAUUGACUGCCAGUGGAUCGACAUCACAGAUGUCAGACCUGGAAACUACAUCAUGCAGGUUGUGAUCAAUCCAAAUCACGAGGUGGCUGAGAGUGACUUUACCAACAAUGCCAUGAAAUGCAACUGCAAAUACGAUGGGCAUCGGAUCUGGUUCCAUAACUGCCACAUUGGUGAUGCACUCAGUGAGGAGGCAGAGAGGAUAUUUGAGAAAUAUCCUGGGCAGCUGAACAACAGAAUAUCCUAAUAAACAUUGAACAUACCAAAAUCAUAAUGUGCUGAUUGAAACGGAGACCUAACUAGCGCAG